AUGCGAACCUUGUUUUUGAGCUCCCGAAUCCGAUCUCGCAGUCUGGAACAUCGGAGGAAACGAAAGAAGACGUUCGAUGCACCGAGCCGGAAGGAUAGAGCUUGGUUCGCAUCAAACGCAAUAUACUCCGGUUGGCCGACGUCGAUGGCUACGGUUGAUGAAACAGGGAUCUGGCGAUUUCAUCGUGUGGCCGAUGUGGCUGAUAUGAUUGGCCAGAUACAUCAAAAUCGAACCCAUCGCGCAAAUUCAGGCCCAGCUUCCAAAUAA